CUAAAGAAGUACAAUUUAUUGGCCAACUUUUAUUUUUUUUAAUACAAAUUGGCUGACCUCAAAAAUAAGUAAUUUAGCGCAUGUAAACACUGUUAUUUUGAUAUAUACACUUUCCUUCUUUGUCAAGUCAAUACGAUACUGAGUGCCAUAAGAACACAAUGAAGUCAGAUAAAAAGCAGUGAUAGACACUCUAGAGACAAAAGCUGGCUUAUGUCAAUGCAUGUUUGAUUCGACUAUGGCUGCGUUUCAAUUGGUAUAUAUUGCAUUGCCUUUUUUGUGCAAAGGUAUUCCUGUUUAUAUUCCAGUAUAAUGAUAAUAAUGAAUAAAGCGAUGCAUAUCUUCUUACAAAAGAAAGUCUUUGUCUGAGUUGUAAAUAAACCCUAUAGAUCUAUAUGGGUAUGCUGUCAAGUUAAAUGCCAGCCAUAAAAGAAAAAAAAAAAGAAGGCUUCUUUCUGUUAUGUCAGAUUAUCAUGCUCAGUUACAGAACAUCAAUGAUGAGAUACAGUCAAUAGAUACAUCCAUAGCUAUUCUACAAUCAGACAGGGAACGCCUUAUUCAAACAAGGACUCAGUUAUUAGACACGAUGGCACAAAGUGCGAUCCAACAAGACAAAGAUCGCAAGUACGAUUCAACUGAUUUCCCUUGGUCUCAUGAUCUUGUUAAGCAUGCCAAGACUUACUUUAGUAUUCACUCGUUUCGUUCACUUCAGUUACCUGUAUUGAAUGCUGCACUUGAUAAGAAGACAGACGUGUUUGUCGUGUUACCUACAGGAAGUGGUAAAUCACUCUGCUAUCAAUUGCCUGCUUUAUUAGAAGAUGGGUUCACCUUGGUCAUUUCUCCCUUAGUCUCUUUGAUUAAGGAUCAAGUAUACCAUCUACAAGAAGCAAACAUUCCUGCUGCUUAUUUGACAGGCACAUCCACAAAAGAACAAAUCAAUCAGAUCCAACAGGACAUGGUACCUGCCAAAUCAGCCAAAACAACGUCCUUUAAGCUACUCUAUGUGACACCAGAAAAGGUUGCCAAAAGCAAGCGAUUCAUGGCUAGACUAAAUAAGGCGUAUGAUGCUGGUAUGUUGACACGUAUUGUGGUAGAUGAAGCCCAUUGUUGUUCUCAGCAAGGACAUGAUUUUAGACCUGAUUACAAGCAAUUGAAUGUAUUGAGAACUGUGUUUCCCAAGACAAAGAUCAUGGCAUUAACAGCAACCUGUCCUUGGUCAGUGAUGAAGGACGUGAUGCGUAUUCUUCAUAUGAAGCAACCUCAUGUACCCAAUGGUACACUUGUAUUUAGUGCUCCUCUUUACCGCCCUAAUCUUGCUUAUAAAGUAGUACAAAGACCUAGUUCAGCAGAAGAAACCAUUCAACAUAUCACUGAUUGGAUAAGCACUUGUUAUCCAAAUCAAUCUGGCAUUAUUUACUGUCUCAGUAAAAAAGAUACCGAAGUAGUGGCACAUAGCAUUUACAAGGAAAGCAAAGGCAAGAUCAAAUGUGGUUCGUAUCAUGCAGACAUGGAUGAACAAGACAAAGAAUUAGUGCAUCAACAAUGGAGAGAAGGUAAAUUACAAGUGAUUAUUGCGACCAUUGCGUUUGGUAUGGGUAUCAAUCAUCUCAAGACACGCUUCAUUAUCCACCAUUGUAUGUCCAAGUCUAUGGAGGGUUAUUAUCAAGAAAGUGGAAGAGCUGGGCGUGAUGGUGAACCAGCUGAAUGUAUCAUCUAUUACCGUGGUACAGAUGCGAUGCGAUUAUCUUCAUUGGUUGUAGGUGAAGUCAGUGGACAGACAGGAUUGUAUGAAAUGGUAAAAUAUGCUCAAGAUUACGUGACAUGUCGCAAGAUCCUAUUCGAGAAAUACUUCUCAUUGGAUGCUGCCAAAACAUCAGAAGGCUUGGUUAACAAAGUAACGCCUGAUCAGCCUUGUGGCAUUUGUGAUAACUGUACUCGUCCUCAAGAGAGUGUCCACAUCAAAAAUAUUCGUCCAGUAGCAGAAGCCAUUGUUCGGUUAUGCAUGCUAUUAAAGGAUUUAAAUGAAAGGGUCACUAUGGCUAAACUGGUUCAAAUGGUGCAGGGACGAGGCUUGGGGAUAGCAAAGACGCGUGUGCAACAAGACGAUCGUAUACAGAUUCCUAUUGACAAAACAUACACUGAAUAUGAUAUUGAACGCAUCUUAAACCACUUGAUAUCUGAGGGCUAUUUAAGAGAAGACUUUUUAUUUACGCCUUACAGCACCAUCACCUAUAUUGUCAUAGGCCAAUUUGCAAAAGAUGCGUUGCGUAAUUCAGGUCGAGCCAUUGAGUUAGCUUUCUUGUCUACUGAAGACAAACCUACGAACAAGAAGCGAAAGGUAGAAUACAUUUGCUUGGAUUAGACUGUUGCACAAUAAAGGUUUAAGGAUAAAUGUCUAUGAACACAGUGUUUAGAUGCAAUUUUUCUUUAGUAAAUGCUGUAUGAGAACGUCCUUUUUUCAUCUUCACGGAGGUCCGUGAUCCUCCAGGUCAAAAACACAAAUUUUACAAAACUGCCAAAGUAAUGAUACCAUUUGAUUACUGGACUCCAAAGAACAUGCUUUCAAUAAAUAAAAAACGGGCUGUUUUGAUAAUGUAGUUGUCGAGUAAUGAUGCAUUUAAGCAGUGUUUUAAGCACUUUUGCUCUCGAUUUCAUAUAAAACAUGUUAACUAUGAGCUUUUAAAAGAUAAUUUGUGCUAUUAGAGUGC